UGUUCAGAACAUACUUCCUGUUCUAGCACAUUAAUUAGAAAAUGAAGAAAGUGUGCUCCAAUCUAUGUUAAGAUUGUAUAAGACUCGCCAGAAGGCCAUACAGGUGAAUAUUUAAGGACUAGUCUUCAGAGAAAAAGAGUUCUACUUGGUUUCCAAAGAUCGAUUUUGUUUGCUUGAAUAUCUGAAGAUGUCUGUUCAAAGCUCUGCUAGUACCUUGUCACUGAAAGAUAUAAUGGAAAAUGGUUUUCUGAUUAGUUCUUCUCGCUAUAGCUUCUCUUCGGGUAGCAGCUGUCUGCUGGAAAUGAACAGCAUUCCUAGAACUGAGGCAUGGAACAGUGCAAGCAACAUGCAGAAUACAUCAAAAGACAGCUCUCUGGCCUUAAAGGUAGCUGAAUCCUCCUCGAAUGGCAUGAAGAGUGACUUGCAGGCUUCAUGUGAUGGUGCAGCAUCAACUCCAGUCCAGCUGUUUGCCUUUGACCUGUCAAACCUGGGUUCUGCAAAUAGUAAGUCCAAUUCUACAACAGAUGUAUUCUCUGAAACCAAAUCUUCUACCCCAUGCAAAGAAGAUAAAGUCUCCAAACUGACUGAGAACAUGCUGCUAAAGAGUUCUGAAUUGAACGACAGUGCAACCUUCAAGAAGCCACUUCCACCACCAGUAUGGGAAAUCUCUGGAAUACAAGCUGCUAUAGACCAAACCCUUUCUCUAGAGGCAAGCAUAGAAGAACUUGGGUUUCUGGGCUCCAUGAAAACUGAUAUAGAGACAUCACAUUUUACUGUCUCACUGCCUGGUAGUGGUGUGCCAGUACAUCAAGCUUCAGCUCUUUGAGUGAAAGCUGAAUUUGAGGUAAAAUAGCAUGGAAUUCUGGCCAUGUAAUAUUUCACAAGGCAUUGUGCUAUAUAGACACAAGUCUUACACCAUCUGAUAAGAUAUUCUGUUCUCUUGUUGAAGAGAAAUGUUGGAGGCCUACGCAAGUCUUGUUAGCUAAACAGCUUUACUCCAAAGCUGAGCAAGAUUUAGCUGAAUAUUGAAUUAAAAAAAUGUUGCCAAAAUAUGAGUGCUAGCAUCAUAAUUGUUCAUGAGCUAUGAAGGACAGAAUAGGAAGUUGCAACCCAGCACUGGAUUUAUUUGUAAUUGUAGCACAGAAUAAUUUCCUGUAUGUUUCAGUGACAUGUGCCCAUUGUGCAUUUUUAUAGAAAUACAAAUAAAAUGAGUAAUUUUUGUCUUCA